CGUCAACUGGCGUCGUGUCGGGAUUGGAAUGCUAGCGAGCAACAAUCGGAACAACUGAGCACUCGGUAAUUGGACACUCCGUCUGAGGAAUCCUGCAGUUUUUUCCCAGCGAGUCGGUCCAGUUUGAGGCUGCCGCUCGCUCCCCUCUGCUCGGCCGGACAACUUCGCCCGCUCCGCCGCUCUCUUCCGACCAUGUUCUUUUGAUAUUUGUGAGGAAAUGAGCGGAGGUGAUAAAUAAGCAGAGAAAUGCAGGGAUUUGUCAGGUUACAGUUGGACCGCUGAAGCGUCUCCCGGUGUUUUUGAUUCUUCCAAACCGGGCACCAUGGAGCGAUAAAAGGACAACAUCCAGCCGAAGAGGCGUUCACACUGCCGGGGAUUCUUUCUUUCUUUAUUCUUCUUUUUCUUUUCUUUUCUUUUUUAAAAUUUUAUUCUACUCGGUGUUCAACAUCCAACCUUCACGUCUGGGAGAGCCUCGGGGACCCCGGUCGCUGGCGCUCCCGCCUGGAUGAGGGGAAGCGGCCGCAGCGCAGAGGCUCCGGACAGGUCUUUGUCGGUGCGUCGCUGGAUGUGGUGAAACUCCACAAGCGGCGUACAAAUCGCCCACAUGCGCUGGAUCAAUCGCCGGAUCUCGGAGCACAACACGAAGAAGGGCGGUUGGGGAUGGAGCGAUGCAGCCGGGGCUGGUGAGAGCCUAACUUGGGGCCACUUUAGCUGUGUUAUUCCUGAGCAAGUCGCCUCUGUUCCCGGGACACAUGCAGGCCAAAAAACGCUACCUGAUCCUGCUGUCCGCCGGAGCGUGCCUGGCGCUGCUCUUCUACCUCGGAGGGGUUGAGCUUCCAGCGGCCAGGAGGAGCCGGCAGGACCGCAGCAGGAGCGGGUACCGGCCCGAGCAGCCGUGGCCCCACUACUCGGACCCUUUACACGCCUUCCUGCCCUGGGAUCAGACGGACACCGAGGAUUACAACCUGCACAUAUCUCCGACGCAGAAGCGGGACGUGAACAGGAGCGUUUACAGGGCCAAGCGGUGCCGCAUGGAUUCCUGUUUCGACUUCUCUCUGUGUCAGAAGAACGGCUUCAAAGUUUAUAUUUACCCCCAGCAGAAGGGGGAGAAGAUCUCGGAGAGCUACCAGAACAUCCUAUCCACCAUCGAGGGCUCCAGGUUCUACACCUCCGACCCGGGACAGGCAUGUCUGUUCGUCCUGAGUCUGGACACUCUGGAUCGGGACCAGCUGUCCCCUCAGUACGUCCACAACCUGAAGACUAAGGUUCAGAGCCUGCCUUUGUGGAACGACGGCAGGAACCACCUCAUCUUUAACCUGUACUCCGGAACCUGGCCGGACUACACGGAGGAUCUGGGCUUUGACAUCGGCCAGGCCAUGCUGGCCAAGGCGAGCAUCGGUUCUGAGAACUUCAGGCCCAACUUCGACGUUUCCAUUCCGCUCUUCUCCAAGGAGCACCCUCGGACCGGAGGGGAAAGGGGUUUCCUGAAGUACAACUCCAUCCCGCCUUUUAGAAAGUACAUGCUGGUGUUCAAGGGGAAGCGCUACCUGACCGGGAUUGGCUCGGACACGCGGAAUGCCUUAUACCACGUCCACAACGGGGAGGACGUGGUGCUGCUCACCACCUGCAAGCAUGGGAAGGACUGGCAGAAACACAAGGACGCACGGUGCGACAAGGACAACGCGGAAUAUGACAAAUAUGACUACAAGGAGAUGCUCCACAACUCCACCUUCUGCUUGGUGCCCCGCGGCAGACGUCUGGGCUCCUUUCGGUUCCUCGAGGCGCUGCAGGCUGCGUGUGUGCCGGUGAUGCUGAGUAACGGAUGGGAGCUUCCUUUUUCUGAAAUCAUCGACUGGAACACUGCCGCAGUCAUCGGCGACGAGAGACUCCUCCUGCAGAUCCCAACCACGGUGCGCUCCAUCCACCAGGACAAGAUCCUGUCGCUCAGACAGCAGACUCAGUUCCUCUGGGAGGCGUACUUCUCCUCUGUGGAGAAGAUAGUGCUGACCACGCUGGAGAUAAUCCAGGACCGAGUGCUGGAGCACGGCUCCAGGAGCAGCCUGAUGUGGAACAGCCACCCUGGAGGCCUGUUUGCCUUGCCGCAGUACUCCGGAUACCUGGGAGACUUCCCCUUUUACUACGCCACACUGGGUAUUAAACCGUACCCCAAGUUCACUGCAGUCAUCCACGCCGUCUCCCCUCUGGUGUCCCAGUCCCAACCCAUUCUCAAGCUACUGGUAGCUGUGGCCAAAUCCCAGUACUGUGCUCAGAUUAUCGUCCUGUGGAACUGCGACAAGCCGCUCCCGGCCAAACACCGCUGGCCCGCCACCUCCGUGCCCGUCAUCGUGAUCGAGGGAGAGAACAAGGUCAUGAGCAGCCGCUUCCUGCCGUACAAGUCCAUCGUGACCGACGCUGUCCUCAGCCUGGACGAAGACACCGUGUUGUCCACCACAGAGGUGGACUUUGCUUUCACCGUCUGGCAGAGUUUUCCGGAGCGGAUCGUGGGUUAUCCGGCCCGCAGCCACUUCUGGGACAGCAACAAGGAGCGCUGGGGCUACACCUCCAAAUGGACCAACGACUACUCUAUGGUUCUGACCGGCGCCGCCAUGUUCCACAGGUACUACCACUUCCUGUACACCCACUACCUGCCCAGCAGCCUGAAGAACAUGGUGGACCAGCUGGCCAACUGCGAGGACAUCCUGAUGAACUUCCUGGUGUCGGCCGUCACCAAGCUGCCGCCCAUUAAGAUCACACAGAAGAAGCAGUACAAGGAGACCAUGAUGGGGCAGUCUUCACGGGCGUCUCGCUGGGCCGACCCGGACCACUUCGCCCAGCGGCAGACCUGCAUGAACAAGUUCGCCAGCUGGUUUGGCGCCAUGCCGCUCAUCCACUCCCAGAUGAGGCUGGACCCCGUGCUCUUCAAGGACCAGGUCUCCAUCCUCCGCAAAAAAUACAGGGACAUCGAGAGGCUCUGACAGGACCGCCGCCCCCUCGGGGGGGACUCCACGCAGGGGGAGGCGCGCGACAGAGACUCCGUGGAGAGCCGGAGGAGCAGCCGGACCACGGCCGGAUGGGCGGGGAGAGACGGCGCUCUGUCUUCCACUCAGCACAUGGCCAAUGACCACAGCGCCGCCGCCGCUGCUCCCCGGACCUGAUCCGGACGGGAAUCAGGAGGAAACAGAAACAAUGCAAACAGAACUGGAUGUUUCACACGGCGCGCACUACUGACGACACAAAAAAAGAAACUGUGGGUUAGAAUAUUUUUUUGUACGAGGAAAAACCGUGGAGGACGUCGACUUUCCUGCUUUCUCCGCACAUGUGCAGGAUGGUAGAGGGGAGGGGCGUUUGAGCGUUCCUCAUCCGCAUCAGGACAUGAAACCGGACCCGACAGAGAGAUCCGACUCCUGUGGGUAGAAGCUGUUCGCACACAGAGCUUUGGUUUAGUUUGCUGGUGUUCUUCCGACACACCGGAGAGAUGGUCUCCCAUCACCUGUUCUUCAAAUUAAACUGAUUUCAAAGAUAUUAAUAAGUGGAUCCAGAGGUCAUCAAAGGUCAACAAACCAGGAAAAAUCAAAUGGAAUAUGGUGUCACUUUGUGCCAUUAUAAUAUUUAAGAUUUUUAAAAAUAAAAGGUCACCAGAGAUCAACCUGCCCAUAUUAAAGGUGACCUAUUACGCUUCCUUAAACAGGUCAAUGGCCUAUACAAAACAUUUUCACACAAAAUCCAGAUAAGCUCCUGAUGGCCACGCCCCCAAAACUUAAUGCCUCCAUUAGAAACUGUCAGUAUUCUGCUAAUGUUGGAAAAACACAAUUUUGCAAUUAAAAUCCCAUGUGAAUAAGUUUGUCAUGACACUCGUGUUUCCAAAAACGUGUUUCCAAAAACGUGUUUCCAUUGCAGUUUUGCAAAUUAAAAAAAUGUCCUAGCAGCAAAACUUUUUAAUCGACAACAGGAUUUUUUGUAAUUGGUGUGUUAACAUUAAGCAAAUACAUUUUUGAUGUGUCAAAAUGUGCAAUUCUACAACCGUACAUCUUUGAAAAACAGAAGUGGCGCCUCCUGCACAACCAACAAGAAUGGCAGUAGUGAUUUCUUGACGGAAGGUCAAUAACAAAGCACUUUUUUUCUCAUUUUCCAGCAGCCAUUGUACAGCGCAUACAGCGGUUAGACCUGCUGAACAAAUGUGCUGGAGUUCCAUUUUGGUUGCUAGGUGACAGGGCAGCGUCUGCAUUCCGUAGGAUUUUAAAACUGCUCAUUUUGAUUUUUUUAAGUGCUUUGGCUGAUAUUAGAAGCAGUAGAAAUCAUGAUGGAAGUAGAAAAACUGAAUUUUGCAUAAUUAUCAACAAAACUGAUAAAAGUUGCUCCAUGUUUGUGCAGCUAAAAAUAGCAGCACAUUUGAUCGAUACCAAAUUUGCUUUUUUUUGUAAAUAUUUAACCUUGAAUGGCCUCUGGAAAUAUUAAUCUCUUUAAAAUAAUAGCGGUUCAAAUGUUUUAGUUUGAUUUGAAGGUGAGGGAUCGGGCCUGGUUCCGUCCGGCCCAACAGCCUGCUGGGACGUCGUCUCAUUUCGUGACCCAUUUUCCUCUCGUUUCCGUCUCUCUCUCCGUGGGUUCGUAGCGCCGAACGCCGGCUGCUCACAGCGGAGAACAAACCCAAACCUUUUCUCGCAUGAACACGAUCCUAAUGGAGUAAAGAUUAAUUUUUCAUUUGGCCGCCAUCUUUUCCGUUUUUAAUCAGUGCCAUUCUGACCUCGCAGUCUGCCUUCGUUGUUUACUGCACAUCACGCUGCCUAAACGCUCGUUUUCACGCAUCGCUGCCAUCUUUCUUUUUUGUUUUUGUUUCCCCUGGACAUAUUAGACAACGUCGGCAGUUUAAUUAAAACGUUUUCUCCUUCAUUCGUCAGGCCUCAGUUAAGAGAGAAGAGCUGGUGAUGAAGCAUCAUGUGUGACCCGCAAACUUUCACCUGAAAACUCGGUCCUAUUGGGUUCGAUGAACAGUCACAUUUUAUCCGAAUCUUUUUUAUUUUAUCAAUGCAAAAGCCUUUUAUUUACAACUUUCAGCAUAUCAUUUCAUUGUUUUAUACCAUUUUUUACUUGUUUUAUCUGUUUAAUCCAGUGUUGGACCAUUAAGCAGAAUCUGGGCUCAAUGUACAUCUGGUUCUGGUUUCAUCCGAUACGUCUGGAUCCGGAUCAAGUCUUAAAUGUCUCAAGAGGAUUGCAACCAGAACAAACAGUGCCUUGUGAAAGUAUCAGCCGGCUUUGAUGUAUUUUAUAUGACCAAACACAAAGUAGUACAUAAUUUAAAAGUUUAAAACAGAUGCCUGAACGUUUGAGUAAUCUGAAAAGUGCGGCAAGUUUUUAAAAAAAAAAAAUUUAUUCAGAGACACAGAAUCACCUCUGACUGCAAGCCUGUUGGACUUUAUUUCUACCAACUUUGCGCAGAAGUAACCCCACAGCAUGAUACUGCCAUCACCGUGUUUUACAAUUGUAGCUGAAAACGUUGAAUUGUGCCCUCAUAUGAGCAGAAGAUAUUCUUCCUGUUGCAUUUGGCAGAUUUUUUGUGAUUUUCUCUGUUACCAUAAUGAGCCUCAAAUUUAAACUUUAAAGCAGGAAGUAGAAGAUAAGCCACACCCACUUUACAUUUCUGACCAAUCACACCAUAUUUGUUGAAAACUACCUAACUUUGCUUUAAGGUUCUCCACAUCUUUACCUCCUACCCACAUUUACAUUAAAUUAAUUCAAAACACAGGUGGACUAGCUGAUAAGUGUCUGCCGCACUUAUCAGAUUUUCUAUUUAAUAAAUAAUUUAGAAACAUGAAUAAUUGUUUGAAUGUGUAGUAGCCAUUUGAACUUCUAUGUUGUGGACAUUCAAGACAUUACAGCUACGACUAUUGGUAUUAAUAUCUUAUUUUAUUGAAUUGUAAGUUUUUAUGCAUAUUUCGACUCAGUUGGAAUGAAUGGAAAAACCUCAUUCUGCAAAAAAAGCUUCGUCACAGCUAACCAUGUCCACUUACUGUCAAAGUUUAAAAUGUCGUCAUACACUUUGGCUGCUAGCUACUGUUAGCCACUGUUCUGAAAUUAGCAUUUUAGCUAAUUUUAGCUUUUAUAAGUAAAGGCUAAUUUGAGUAUGUUACUUUAGGUCAGCAUGCUACUGUUAGCCUACAUGCUAUCAUUGUAGCUCUUUGCACAGUAUGCUUGCUACAAUAGUUAGCAACACUCAACUGUUAGCAUAUUAGCUAAAAACACUUGCACGUAACACACUGCUCUGACUUCACUAUUAACUUUAGAAAUCCGCUCAACAGUAGUAGUACCACAAUAGUUUGUGGUACCAUUAAAGUGACGAUAAGUACUACUUAUUGCUACUUUGUAGCUGUUUAACAGCAAUCCACAAAUAUAUAUUUUUAAAAAUAUACUAAACAUUUAUAUACGGCUGUUCAGGACAGCAGUCCAGGGUUUCCCCAGAAAAGCCCGGGGUUCUGGGUGUUGGUUCAGUCGUUCAGCCCUCAGCCCGUCGUGUUUUUGAGUUAAACGUUGACAGGAAAUUGGAAAAUAUCACUUAUUAAUUAUGUUAUUGGAAGAUUGAAGAUUAACACCUGAACACCAACUAUAAAGUCUUUUAAAAAGACAGUCAUUAAAAAAACUAA